AAGUACGUUUGUUUGGUUUUGUGGCCAAGCAUAAAACUGGCGUCGCCCGGGAAACGGCUGAUAGUCCUCGCCUCAGUGGCCAGCGAGAACGUUUCCCGAUGACUCUCCGCCGAGGAAGCAAGAUGAUGGCCAAGAGGAAGUUCCUGGUUGCGGGCAGCUGGACAUCACAAGCGGACUCGAGCGCAGAGAGCAAGAGAGAGAGUUUGUGUUCGUUCCUGUCGUAUGCUCGAGAGCAUCUUCCUGUCGAGAUCGCCACGACUGUUCCUGACGGUCAUGAGGACGAGGAAGCCUUCUGCAGGGACUGCGACUGCCACUGGGAAGUGGUGGGAGGAGCUUCGUCCGGCAGUUCCGAUUCUGAGCUGAAGGAAGCGAUUGUCGAAGCUGAGCGGGCAGGCAGGAAGGUGAUCGUCUGUUUGCAUGAGACGUCGGAGGAUCGCGAGAAUGGUCGUACGGAGGAUGUCCUGUUGCGCCAGAUGAAGUCCCUCGCUGCCAGCAUCAGAGACUGGUCUGACGUGGUAAUCGCCUUCGAGGCUCUGUGGGCCAGUCAUACCGGCGUCCUAGCCACAGCUGAGCAGGUGCAGGAGGCCUUGGCCAACAUACGGCAGUGGCUGCGUGCCAACGUGAGCGGGAAGGUGGCCAACAGCACCAGAAUCAUCUACGCAGGUUCCGUUUCGUCCAGCAACUGUCGACAGCUGGCUCAGCUGGAGGACCUGGACGGGUUCCUGGUGGGGAACGCGGCCCUCACACCCGACGUCGUUCCCGCGAUCACUUCUUCACGAGUUUCUCGCUCGUCCCUCUGGGCGACGCACGAGGCCCUCAGCUCGACCGCCCAGCUCAUCCAGCAGCUUCGUCAGCGAGAAUGCGCCAGGAGGCUAGCGGCGACGACGCGCUGUCCGAAACGAUACAUUUGAAGGGUUUUCAAUGAUGUUUUGGGAAGACUCCUCCAGAAGAUUGAGGUGUAAACAAGUCUUGCAUUCAUGAAUGCUUGGUUUGUUAAUGCAGUGACAAUAUUAUUUAUUAUGACAGUAUUUAUUUUUCUGCAACUAUAUUUUCUAAUAAUAUCUUUACAAACCUAUUGCUUUUUAGACUGCAAUAAAUAUACAAAGAUUAUAAAACCACAUGCAGCUCAUGGAUUAGAUAAAGUGAAACUAACGAAAAAAGAAAGAAUAGAAAGAAAGAAUGAAAGAAAACAAGCCCAUCGGAAAUGUGGUUGACCCCGCCCCCCCAAAAAAAAAAAUCAGUAGAAAUCCAAAGGAAGGAGAGGUAGUCGCAUGAAGAGUCUAAGAGAACAUGUGAAUAUGCGUUUGUGAAUAGCAUGUCUGCCCUGCAGGUUUCCAGACCUCCAUGUAUCAUUAUUCGGGUAUUUUCUUUUUCUCUUUGACUCUAUUUAUAUGCUUGGUCACUCCAAUGAUUGACUCUGAUAAAUACAUAUAGGUAAAUAUAUAGAUAGAUAGAUAUAGAUACACACGCACACACACACGCGC